AGAGCAGUCGGUGUGUGCAGUUGUAAUCCAUCCUGAGUAAUUCACUUGCGUGGGGAAGGCGGACCAAUAAGGGCGUGAACGCACACAAAAGAGGCACGGAUAACGCAAAAGACACCAGACGGGAGCAGCGCGAGGAGACGAAGGUCACAACCGCUCAGUUUUGAUCACUUUAACAACACCGGACUCCAUUAAAUCACUGGCAUACAUCAAGAUGAGCACCGUGAGACCGUCCGAACCGGGACCGUCAGAGGAGAUGAUGCGGAUGAUGGUGAUGCACGAGGCGCUCACGGGCAACGAUGCUCGCCGUUACGGUUUCCCGGUGGCUUGUGUAGAAUGAGAGUUUGGGUCAUUGCGCAGAGAUGUCGGUGCCUUUGCUGAAGAUCGGUGUGGUGCUCAGCACCAUGGCAAUGAUCACCAACUGGAUGUCCCAGACACUGCCAUCACUAGUGGGGCUCAACACCACCAAACUGACCGCGGCGCAGGGCGGCUAUCCCGACCGGAGUAUAGGAGUUUUACCCGCUAACCCAGAGGAAUCCUGGCAGGUGUACAGCUCGGCUCAGGACAGCGAGGGCAGGUGUGUGUGUACGGUCGUCGCACCUCAGCAGACCAUGUGCUCAAGAGAUGCCCGCACCAAACAACUCCGCCAGCUACUGGAGAAGGUGCAAAAUAUGACGCAAUCAAUCCAAGUAUUGGACCAGCGGACCCAGAGGGACCUGCAGUACGUUGUGAAGAUGGAAGAUCAACUCCGUGGCCUGGAGACCAAAUUCAGACAGGUGGAGGAGAACCACAAACAAAACAUCGCCAAGCAAUACAAGGCCAUAAAGGCAAAAAUGGCGGAGCUGCGUCCGCUGAUCCCUGUACUGGAGGAGUACAAAGCGGACGCGCGGCUGGUUCAGCAGUUUAAGGAGGAGGUGCAGAACUUGACGUCCAGCCUCAACCUCCUCCAGCAGGAGAUGGGAGCCUACGACUACGACGACCUGCACUCCCGCGUGGUUAGUCUCGAGGAGCGGCUACGCGCGUGCAUGCAGAAGCUCGCGUGUGGUAAGCUGACCGGCAUUAGUGAUGCAAUCACUAUUAAAACAUCCGGGUCUCGAUUCGGAUCCUGGAUGACGGACCCUCUCGCUCCUGAAGGAGACACUAGGGUGUGGUACAUGGACGGCUAUCAUAACAACCGUUUUGUGCGGGAAUAUAAGUCUAUGGCGGACUUCAUGACGUCAGAUAACUUCACGUCUCACCGCCUGCCGCACCCUUGGUCCGGGACAGGUCAGGUGGUCUACAACGGCUCCAUAUAUUUCAACAAGUUCCAAAGCAACAUGAUCAUCAAGUUUGACUUCAAGACUUCUACCAUAAGUAAAUCUCAGCGUCUGGACAACGCGGGCUACAGUAACACCUACCACUACGCCUGGGGCGGACACUCUGACAUCGACCUCAUGGUGGACGAGGGUGGGCUCUGGGCCGUCUACGCCACCAAUCAGAAUGCGGGUAACAUCGUCAUCAGCAAGCUCCACCCCCUGACCCUGCAUAUAAUCCAGAGCUGGACGACCAAUCACCCGAGACGCAGCGCCGGGGAGUCGUUUAUGAUUUGCGGGACGUUGUACGUGACCAACGGCUACUCGGGAGGGACGAAAGUCUAUUACGCCUACCACACCAACUCCUCGACAUACGAGUACAUCGAUAUCGUUCUGCAGAACAAGUACUCACACAUCUCCAUGCUGGACUACAACCCACGAGAUCGCGCGCUGUACGCCUGGAAUAACGGACAUCAAGUCCUGUACAACGUUACGCUUUUCCACGUCAUCCGCUCGGAGCAACUGUAACCUUGGAGGAUUUGGGUGGGAGUAUCUGAAGACAAUCUUUAGGAAUGUUCUUCAACAGAUUGUUAUAAAAAAUGCUAUGCUGAAUGAAAACUAAACUUGAACAAUAGACAUGUGAAUGGAAAAUAGAACACAAAAUCAUGAACAGAUGCCAAAAAAAUUAAAUAAAGCCACGCCUUUCUUUUUUUACAAAACAACUUUACUUUCUAGGACACUGUCUGAUCAGAUGUUUUCCAGUAGCACUAAAAAGACAUUUCUCCAUGCUUUUCUGCGCACUGAAAUGUAGGGAACGUUGGGAUUAGUUACGGACUAGUAGCCCACACUCAACCUCAUAAACGGAGCGUGUGCAGGAAAACCGAUGGUGCUUCACUUGGCAAACUAACACGGACGGCUUACCAGUCUGUGCAAUAUCCUAAGUCCAACUCGUGUGCUUUGCAAAGCUCAUUUCUUUAGGUAAUACGGAAAAAUGUGAUUGGCUGAAGGCGCUGACUGUUCAAAGGAGCUUGUUCAAAGGACUCUCGUGAGAUUUUACUUGAACUUACCUGCGAUUAAGUUCUUGUGACGCGGACCAUAUCAUGGUAUUUUAUAACGACCUACAUGUAUGUAGCACCUGAGAACAGACCAAAGCGUGCUAUUAAAGUCAACAUGAAAUCACACAUUCCCGGUCUUAAUAUGCAUAAUUAACUUGCAUAACUUGCUCCGCCUCUGAAACGACCUUCAUUUUUGGAUGACACCUUCAAGAACUCUUAUUUGAACAUAUCCAUCAUUCUGGUCACAUUUACCAGUGCAAUCAAUUCCCAAUGGAUAAAAUCAAAUCUCGUCCAACAUUUUUCUUAUCGAAUAUCCUGAUAACACAAAAACAUAAUUUCAUGUUGACUUUAAACCUUCUCUGGUGAGUUUAUCACCCUUCAGGCUACUGAUACACACGUUGUUGUGCUUGUAACUGGAUGUCAGCUGCAUCUGCCCCGUGAUUGCUACGAUACGCCAACUCCGCGUAACAGAUGUGCCGGUUUUACUAGCAGAUGGUUCAGGUACAAUCUUACUCUGUUUUAGUCUCCGUGCUGGUGAAUUCUUGUAAAAUGAUUCUUUAGUUUUGCAUGAGCAGUUUCUACAUGCGCAGGUGUGCUCAAAGGAAUGUUUACCUGUGUGACGCCAUACAUGACUGA